UACCAUGACGUGGCCCUCUAGUCGGAAGCGACAGGACUGGAAACCUGCGACAGCAUCACACAUCAGAAAGGCUAACUGAGUCUGCAACGAACUAAAUUACACAUCAGCGAGAAAUAACAAUGGUGACUGACGUGCAGCUGGCCAUCUUUGCCAACAUGUUGGGUGUGUCUCUGUUCCUGCUGGUGGUUCUAUAUCACUACGUAGCCGUCAACAACCCCAAGAAACUGGAGUAGAACUGGCCUGGAGAGGAGGUGGCGGCGAGGGGGACCAGAGAGAGCAGCAGUGAAACGCCUCUUCUUCUCACCUUCAUCGUGGUCUUUUCUCCUUCCCUGUCUGUCUCGCCCAGCCUGUACAGGAGUGUUUUCUAAUAAAAUGUCUGUCAACAAAUGCC